CCCAUAGGUUUUUCAGGUUGUCAAUAUAAAAGCAGGCAAAAAUUCUCAGUGUCGGCCAUUUCUUUUCUGGUGGUGAAACAAGGCAGAGGGCAAGCGUAGCAGUGUCGGGUUUGUUAAGGGUGCCGGUUUUCCGGUGGGUGCCCCUGGUGCUGCGGGCCCUUCGAAAGCAUCGAUAUUGUAUUUCGCCGGUUACGGAUCGAGUUUUUUCCGUCGGUUACGGAUGUGCAGUUUCACGUGCUUUGGAUCCAGUGUAGAACAGCGCCUCGGAUGCUGCGCAAGAAAUUCCUGCUUCAUCGUGACGGAAGCACGGUAGAUGAAUCGCACAAAAUGGCUGCCAUACGCUGUGUGUUCUCAAAGCAGUGCAUCCGGCGGUGUGGCAAUUGCUGUGAAUUCGUAACAUUCGGCGGCGUCCCUUCGCUUCAGCAUCAUCACCACCACCGCGGCUCUGUCGUGGGGCGGGGUCUCUGCAUGCAGAUAUGUGUGCUUCCCGAAAGGAAAGAGAACCACCAAUUGUCUUCGAUUCGAAUGACGGGGCCACCUUUGGAUGCUGGUACAUCCAGCCCGGGAAGAAUUCGCUAUUGGAUUCUAUUCGACCACACCUAACCUCAACAAUUCUGUCACUGGAACUCGGUGUGCGUUAUUCAGUGACGCUUCUUAUCGUCUCGUCGUGUUCUCACCAAUCCGGGCGCUAGCAGGGAUUAUUCACCGACGGCGGCGUACUGGAGGAGCAGGAACGAGAAGAUUAACGAGCAUUAUUGUUCGUUCGUCCUCUAGCAGCAAAACUAAAACCCGCGUAAAUUGGCAUCUGCCGAUUGUGGGGGGAUUAUUGCUGCAACUCAACUGUUCGUUGGCCAUGAGAGGCUGUGAUUAGUGAAAGGUGGUGGUGUGAUUGGGUUGUGCCCUCAUACCACAUUCAUUGCUUCGCUCCUCCCUUCCACGAAUCGGAAAGCCUUUUUAUAAGGUACAAGUUUAACAACCACUUAAAUUUCGGAUGUAACAUCUAGUAAAAACAUUGCCAAAAACGGACGCACAAUUGUGCGGACGUAUUUUAAUGUUCUCUGAUAAACGUUCGUGCGACGUUUCAUUUCAACCACUUAAAUUUCGGAUAUGAAUCAAAGUAAUUUUCAUCAAUUCCCUCUACCCUCAUGAGCGAGUGAUGUAAUGUACUCUCGUUCUGGACGAUUUUCAACCACUUAAAUUUCGGAUGUUAACAUGUGAUAUGCGUUGAUAUGCACCUGUCUGAUACUAGAAUAAACACGGAUGACUAGCCUACAUCAUGUGUCGUGCAUGGUGAACAGAUUA